AUGGCUCAUGCUGCUAGUGUUCCCGUUGCAGUUCAUCUCGACCAUUGCAUAGAACCAAGCGACGCAGAUUUGGCACUCGAAUGUGCAUUUGACUCGAUCAUGGUGGACGGAUCACUAUUUGACGAGGAGCAAAAUAUAUCUUAUGUCAAAUCAGUUGUUGAGAGGGCAAAGGCGCGGAAUAUCACCAUUGAAGCAGAACUUGGACGUAUGCAGGGCAACGAGGUCGGAUUGAGCGCGACUGAUUUAAACGCGGUAUGGACGGAUCCGGAUCGCGCAGCGCGGUUCGUGCAAGAGUCGGGUGUACACUUCCUUGCUCCAAGCUUCGGGAAUGUUCAUGGGCCAUACCCAGCAGGAGGUGCUGAAAAGGCCUGGCAGAUUGAGAGGUUGCAAAGGAUAUACAAAGCACUGGGUGAUACUACGCCUCUCGUGUUACAUGGUACCCAUCCGCUUUCGGACGACAUGGUUCGCAUGGCCAUGGCCAACGGAAUGGUCAAGAUCAAUGAGAACAGGACGAUUCGGUACGGCUAUCACGAGUUUAUAGAAGCCGAGUGCAAGUCAACGGACUUGAUCAGAGUCCAGGAGGGAGCCGUUGAAGCAUAUUGCAAGGGAGUACAGAGAUUUAUGGUAGAUGUCUUCGGAUCGGCAGGCAAAGCGUGA